AAUGGCAGAAGAACCGAAAGGAGUACCGCUGUCAGAGCUCAGCUUGCAACAACUCGGAGAACUCCAGAAGAAUUGCGAACAAGAAUUAAACUUCUUCCAGGAGUCUUUCAAUGCUCUUAAAGGUCUUUUAACGCGGAACGAAAAAAGUAUUUCUGCUUUGGACGAUGUGAAAAUUGCAACUGCAGGACAUACAGCUCUCAUUCCACUUUCUGAAUCGCUCUACAUCCGUGCUGAACUAUCUGAUCCAUCAAAGCAUUUGGUGGAGAUCGGAACUGGAUACUUCGUGGAGCUGGACCGCGAGAAAGCCAAAGCAAUUUUUGACCGUAAAAAGGAACAUAUUACAAAGCAGGUUGAGACAGUUGAGGGAAUUCUGAAAGAGAAGCGAAGAACUCGGGCCUAUAUUUCGGACGCAUUCCAGACCAAGGUUCAGUCUCAACUCGCCACGAUGAAUACACAAUAAAUGUCUGCCGAGAAAUCUACUUCUGAAAAUCUCUUGCUUUUCCGAUAUUCAAAUUGUUGUUAUCAAUUUUCGAUUUUAAUACUACACCUUGCAUUGAUUCUUGUUCAAAAUAAUAUGUUUCUUGCUUCUUU